CCAAACCCGGCGCGUAAACUGAAACUCAAUUUGUUGUCAGCAACAACAGGUAGUUGCUAGUAUUCGAGUCAGUCAACUGCCCAACUAGAGUCUAACUGCCCGCCUAUCUACCCAAUGAAAAAGAUAUAGCUACUAUUACAGUAAGCUUAUCGGCUUAUUAUUUAAUGCAUUGUGGUCGUUACUGAACAUCCAGGAAGAUGAGCACUGCGUUGUCGGACCCCAGCCUUGAAAGGAAUUUCAAAGGCCACAAGGACAGUGUGACAUGUGUGGACAUCAACUGUAACAUGAAACAAAUUGCCACGGGCUCCAAGGACUCGUGUGUGAUGAUCUGGAACAUGAAGCCUCAGAUGAGGUCGUAUCGCCUGGCAGGGCACAAAGACGCCGUCACCUGCGUCCACUUCUCUCCCUCGGGUCACCUGGUGGCCUCUGCCUCCAGAGACAAGACUGUACGGCUCUGGGUUCCCAGUCUGAAGGCUGAAUCCACGUCGUUCCGCGCUCACAUAGGCACCGUGCGAAGCGUCAACUUCUCGGCCGACGGACAGUCGCUGGUCACAGCGUCCGACGACAAGACCAUCAAAGUGUGGACGGUGCACAGACAGAAGUUCCUCUUCUCCCUCAGUCAGCACAUCAACUGGGUCCGCUGUGCCAAGUUUUCUCCAGACGGCCGCUUGAUUGUGUCGUCAAGCGACGAUAAAACCGUGAAGCUGUGGGACAGGAACAGCAGGGAGUGUGUCCACUCUUUCUACGAGCACGCAGGCUAUGCAAACCACGUGGAGUUCCACCCCAGUGGGACGUGUAUCGCAGCCGCCAGCACGGACAAUUCGGUCAAGGUGUGGGACAUACGCACCCACAAGAUGCUGCAGCACUAUCCAGUUCACAGUGGUGCCGUGAACAGCCUGUCUUUCCAUCCAUCUGGAAACUUCUUGAUCACGGCUGCCAAUGAUUCCACUUUGAAGAUAAUGGACCUUUUAGAGGGAAAACUCCUCUAUACCCUCCAUGGACAUCAGGGCCCUGCCUCUUGUGUGGCGUUUUCCCGGACCGGAGAGUACUUUGCCUCUGGCGGUAACGACGACCAGGUGAUGGUCUGGAAGAGUAACUUUGACUGUACCACGUGUGAGGACGUCAGGUUCCAGCACAAUACCGCACCCGGCCAGCAGGGCAUCUCGGCCAACUCAACGGCCCAUGUCCCCUACCCCUCACGGGCCCCGAAGACCCACAGUCAGACAUGCAGUGUGGCAGAGGUCAGCAACACGACCGACUGGCACACCGUCUCCCACCCUCACAACCCCGGUCCUAGCAGCCACAACAAGACCGCCCACUCCCAGUCCAUCAGGGCCCCCAGCACCCACCAGCCCCCACCCCAGGCCCAGGCCCGGGCCAGCAGCCCCCAGCACCAAGCCCAGACCCAGACCUCUGACGGCGGGGUCUCUUCAGCCCUGUCGAGCACUCUGGAACGCAUUGUGAACCAACUGGACAUUCUCACUCAGACGGUGUCCAUCCUGGAGCAGAGGCUGACCCUGACGGAGGACAAGCUGAAGGAGUGCCUGGAGAACCAGGUGGGCAUUGUCCAGCAGCAGCAGCAGCUCCACAGCCAGGGGUAGUCCUCCGCCACAGCAGGGAGGGACAGGGGGGAUGGACGGAGGGAGAGGGGGGGGGGUUUACCUGAGAUUGGCAGCAUGUACAAUGUUGUGGUUGGUACACAGUGGGUCUUAGCACAGUUGGUGCGACACAUGCACACUUCAAAUAGUCCCGUCUACUUUUUUUAGCACGUAAGGGCGCCAUUUGAGGUCCUCAAUCGCUCAGCGGUUAAGAAAAUAAAACACGCCCUGUGUGCAAUUCACAUACAUGAGACGCACUUCCUGAACGGGUUUAUGGGCCGCACAAGCUUAUCUGAUUGGACAACACGCAUCGGCGGUUCACCACGACAUGACGCGCUCUCUUGGUUAAAGGAUAGGAGUGAAGGUUUCAACUAUUAGAGGACUUGUUCACUGAGAAGAGUGCUGAGCGCAGACUCUUUUCUGCUGAGCAAGGAGCUGUCGCCAAGCGUUGGUGCGUCGGAGAGGGGAAGUGUGCACAUCCACGAUAUCGCGGCUUGUGUGCCCAUGACUAUUUUUGGACUUGGUGGCAUUCAUCUUGGUGUGUGCGGGCCUCGGUAGCUUUAAAGGUGUGAACUUAGAAAUACGUUUUAAAAAAUAAAAAAUAGUUUUUUUCAAUUAGUGUUACUGUAUCAAGAACAUCAACACCUUUUUAAACAUUCCUUAGACUCAAAUAGAUUUGUGGGUUCAGCUUCCAUUAAACUCACAAUUGAAAUACCCUUUAAUCUAUUUAUUAACUAUCAUUAAUAAAGCUUUACAUAUCUGGCAUUUGGCCUAAUUUUUAAUUUCAAACAUAUUUAUUAUUUCAAAAAGCAAAACCAACUAAUCCUUCGGCAGUGGAUUUUAUGUUGACAUGGGUAACAAUUGCCUUGAAUUUCCAUGAUUUGAAUAAUUGUGCCUUUUCUUAUUGAUCGGGAAAGAGAUUUUUAAUGUUGGUGCAGAAUCCCUGAUUGUGAAGGGUUUCAUAGCGGCAUUUCAAUAUGUAUAUAAUUGUACUGUACAUGUUUGUUAUAUUGUGUACUUUUAUAGUAAAUCGUUUUUGACUUAA